AUGGCGCCACAAGGCGAAGCCACGGUUCCGGCAACGCGUCGAACUCGCAAGUCAAUCGGAGGCGGCCCAUCAACGAGGAGGACACUCGAUAAGGAAAAUGCGACACUCGAUGUUGGCAGUGCUACGGGGGCCACUAGGAAGAAAUCUCGAAGCAAAAGCAUGGGGCCUGGCGGACUCGAUCCCCUUAAGAUGGGCAACGGGAACCGCAGGGCUUCCCUAGCUGUCGCAACCCCGCGGUCGAUUCUGAAGCCUACCGUACCAUUGAUCCCCGAUAUCCCGUCCUUUAAGCCGAAACAAGCGUCAGGAAGCAACGAUGUCGCGAACGAGACCGGGGGGACUAAGGUUGCCUUGCGGACCGAGGAGGAGCAACAGGCUGCGGCGCGGGAACGGGAGGAACGGGAGCGUGUCCAGCUUGAAAAGGAGAUAAAGGACAGGAGAGAGGCAAGGAGGAAAUCGCUCGCCAACCGCCGAGUGUCCUUUGCGGCAGAGGCGACAUUACACACGUUCCACGAUCUUGAGGAAAUGCAGGACUCCACCACCUCUACCGAUCAUACGCGCCGAGCAUCUCAGCAGCAACAGCAACAACAGCAGGAACCGCAGCAACACCCCGAUUCAGACCCGCCAUCCACCCCGCCGGAUGAGAUCGAAGAAGACCCUAUCGCCGAGUCCCCAGCCAACCAAAGAGAGCUUCAUCAGAGGAAACGUCGGCGGAGCUCUGCCGCGUCAUCUACGUAUGGAUCCGACGAUACCAUUGCCUCUACUGUUUACGAUUCCGACUUUGAGCAUGCCGAAAUUCAGGCUGUAGAAAUGGAAGGUUCUAGUGACGAGGACGGGACCAUCAUGACGGUUGACGCAGAAGAGAUGACAUCGGCAUCAACAGCUUCCCCCAGGUCCGCUUUUGGUGGCGACACAUCUGGGAGUCUUGAUGAGAAUCUUCGGCUUGCUGCCCGGCGGGCUGUCACUCAGAGCAUUGACGAAGACGAAGAAAUCAUCGCGGGCUUUGCGGGGUGGGGCAGAAAAAACCCGUCGCAGGAGAGUAUUAACCAAAGCAAUGUGCAGGCGAACCAACCCCCCGGCGACAAUGCUAGCGACCAAGGCUCAGAUAUGGAUAUGGAUAUGGACCUGACUAGCGCGGCGGGUGGAAUUUUGUACCCCCAACUUCCGUCUCCCGACAAGGACGAUGAAAUAAACGAGGAUCUAUCCAUGGACGUCACGACAGCCCUCGGUGGAAUUCUCUCCAAAGCCAAGGCGUUCUUACGCCGCAAAUCUGUCAUCCCUGAUGCUCAACCAGAACACGGCGAGUCUGGUGAGCAGACUAUGGAUUUCACAACGGCGGUCGGUGGUAUCCAACAGGCCCGAAUAUCCGACGGUACUCAUGACGACACGGAGGUCAAUGAAGACAUGUCUAUGGAGUUCACGACCGCUAUGGGUGGCCUUUUGCCGGGUGGCCGACAGAACAACCGGCGGCGGACAAUAGCUGCAGAGGGAUGA